AUGGAGAAGCCUCUCGUGGAGGCAUGGCCUGGAACGGACAGCACCGGGGCAGCGUACUCCAGCCACCUAGACCUGUGGAACGAUGAAGAGAAGAAGUCCAGCUGGUACAAGAAGACCCUGGAGCACUGGGCAGCUCAGGAUGCCACUGUGAACGGUGUGUUGGGUGGCUUCCCGGAGACCAGCGAGCCAGACCUGCGGGAAUCCAGGAGAUUCCUGCAUCUGGUGCGACGGCCGACGGACCCGCCAAGCCAAAGAGGGACGGUCUUGGAUUGCGGAGCGGGAAUUGGACGAGUAACCGAAGGGCUCCUGGUGCAUGAGUUCGGCCAGGUUGACCUUGUCGAGCCCAAUGCGCGACUGUUAGAAGCGGCUCGCGAGCAGAUUCGCAAUGCCAAAGUGGACCGCUUCAUCAACAGCUCAUUGGAGCAAUUCCAGCCCGAAGAGGGCAGGUACGACACCAUCUGGGCUCAGUGGGUGCUUCUUUAUUUAACAGACGAUGACUUAGUAUCCUUCUUCGAGCGAUGCAAGAAGGGCCUCACAAGGGAUGGCCUCAUCUUCGUGAAGGAAAACGUGGUGCUGGAAGGGCAAUGGAUCGUGGACCGAGAUGACAACAGCAUCUCGAGGACAGAUGCCAUGUACAAGGACAUCUUCCGAAAAGCUGGUCUGGUGCUGCAGCACGAGCUGAAGCAGGCGCAUUGGCCCUCGGAUCUGGUCCCAGUCAAGAUGUACGCGCUCAGACAGAGGUAA